CCUUUGUGUGGUAAACACAGAUAGGUCGUAAAUGUCAUCUUUGAGUUUUGGACGCUAUCCCAAUUUCAAUUUUAUAAUCAAAUUAGAAAAAGUUAUCGUUCAGUAGUUAUUGAAAAUAAUAUAUGAUACCUGUUUUGUGAUAAUGCUUUGUGAGUUGGUCAUUUCAGAACAUUAACCAAGACAAACAUAAAGUUUUGGCUUACAAGAGGAAGUGGAAUCGUCCAUCUAAUCGUAAACAAAAUACACUUAUUUGUUAGUAAACAGUUCCUUUGAUUGCGAUUUAAAACAAAAAAAGAGAAAUUACUUUUAAUUGAGUGAAAGUGUUUGUGAUGUGCCGAAAUAUUUUAUCAACUACAGCAGCCAUCAAAAUUGGUUUAUUAUCGUCAGUUGGUUUAGUUCACUCAAAACGAAAAGGAAUACUUAUACAUCCUACAGUUAUGUUCAAGAACUAUCAAAGUUUUAUAAGACUUAACAAUUUACCGUUUUAAAUUUUUAUUGCUUAAGCCGCCUACAGUACAAAUAUAAAAUACUUCUAUUCAAACAAACAAAUAAACAAACAGUGAUGAAGCUUUUGGAGAGCAGUCGUUUUGAAGCUAUUAAUAAUGCUUUGUGCAUUGAGAAUGGAGAUAGCAAAAUAGUUGGACGUAUUGAAAGUUAUUCUUGUAAAAUGGCUGGAGGAGAGAAGGCCCUGUAUAAAAGAUUCAAUGCUGAUGGAAUUAAUCCAAAUGAUUUACAAGCAUUGUCACCUCCUCAAGGUUACAGUCAAAGUAUUUCAGGAGAUGAAGAUGGACCUCUUUGUGAUACUAUAAGCCGAAAAACUUUGUUUUAUUUGAUUGCUACAUUGAAUUCAUCUUUCCCAGAUUAUGAUUUUAUGGAUGUCAAAAGUCAUGAAUUCAGCAAAGAACCCUCUUUACAAUGGGUAAUGAAUGCCAUUGACACCAAUUUAUGUGCUACUGCUGGAGAAAUAUAUCGAUCUCUUAAACAGCAGCUAUGGGCUGCAUUAGAAGAUGAAAUAGUAACUAAAGAGUGUGACAUCUAUUCAUACAAUCCUGAUCUGGACUCUGAUCCUUUUGGAGAAGAUGGUUGUUUGUGGAGCUUUAAUUAUUUUUUCUACAACAAAAAACUCAAAAGGAUUGUCUUUUUUACCUGUCGAGCUAUUAAUCCACUGUAUGCCACUGAUUCAGGAGUGGGAAGUGACUUUACAAUGGAUGAUGAUGAUUUUGACUAAAUGGCAAUACAUAAACUCAUUUACUCUUUUAUUCAUUGCAAACAAAUAUCUAUAAUAACACCAGCACAAUUUAAAGGACAGUUGCAUACUUAUUUAGUUUCCUCAUUAGUUAUUUUUCCUUUUAAUAAACAUAUCUUAAU